AAUAUGAAGCAAACGUCGUCGUGAAGCUGGGAAUAGGUACACACAUUCAUUCAUUCCCAUUGCUCUCUACUCUCUGGACAAUGGCAGCCUCAGGAAUGCUAUCGAAAGAGGAAUUGCUUCAUCUUUUUGAUCGCUUCGCCUUCCUCACCUCCCACCCUGAUGUCAAGAAAAGGAUUGCUGAUGCUGUCACUCACAAGCAGCAGGAAGCUGUUGCUGUUACCACUGCCAUCCAAGAGGAGAUAUUUUUCGAGAUGGGAAUUGUGGUGCUUUCGUUUCAAAAGAGAGGAGCCAAUAACCAGUUUUGCAGAUGGAACUAGGGCUGAGUUGCAAAUUUGUUAUAACCUGAUUUCCAAAACUAGUUCACGUAGACUUGUUGUCGCUGAUGAUCCAAAGUUUGGUCUUGCUUGCUUGGGAAAAAUAAACAUGACCUAUGAGAGUGAUCGAGACCUGAUGAUUCGUUUUUAUGAAUUUGUUGCAAAAGAAGAAAUGGCCUGUGAAGAGGCCGAGCUUGGUCCAGACAGAUUUGCUGAAAGAUUAACGAUGCAACAGAAUUUACAAGAGCAGCAACUGGAGAUGCUGAAGUACAUGCGCAGCUUUCACAUGGAUGAUCAGUCUGCAAUACUUGAGAAGAUUCACCAGCAGUUGGAGAAGGCCAACUUUGAUACUGAAGCUUCUGUGCUGACAGUGGAGCAGAUGCAGGAUGUUGUUCGACGGAGAGUAUCACCUUUGUUCCAGCCUAGAUAAUUGGAGGGAGCUCUCUAGGAGUUUAUAGUUUUUUAUAGUUGCAUUCGCAUGCCAUUAGAGAAAAGAUAGAUGUUGAACCCCCCCCCCCCCCCCCCCCCCCCGCCCCAACCCCCACACACACACACACCUUCCAACCAAACUUAGAGGGGAUGUUGUCCUAUUUUAUAAUUAAGAAAAUUCUGCUUAAUCCACAGUGUUUAUUGCACUUUUUGUACUUUUUUCCUUUUCUUAUUUCUGGCUUUAUUCAUGUAUGCUAGACAUCUCAUAAGUUUGCUCUGAGAAGUAUUAAAAGUUCACUCAACUCUUUUAAGAAA